AGAGAACAAAGAUAGUUUGUUUAGGUAAGUCAUAUAUAGGUUGUAGUAGAUCUGCGUUCGAGACUCGGUAAUUCUUUCCUCCCCUUUCAUUUUCCUCUCUCGAAUUUUCAUUUCCUCUACCCACUGCUCCUCAUCUCAUGUCGAUGGCCGCCUCUACAGUUCCUGUUUCCUUCGCAGGAGGGAAUCAUACCAAGAACAUCAAUAUUUCAGCUGUAAACCCAGGUGCCUUUGUUAAGUCUCGACAAUUAACAUUUCAAUCCAAGACUCGGUCUCCAUUGUGUGUCCGUGCUCAACAGAAUGACCAAAACAGCGGAAGUGGUGCUCAUUUUGUAGCCGGUUUCGUUUUAGGAGGUGCGGUAUUUGGAACACUUGCAACUGUAUUUGCUCCACAGAUUAGAAGAACACUGCUAAAUGAAAAUGAAGCCGGCUUCAAGAGGGCCACAAAGCCUAUUUACUAUGAUGAUGAAGGUUUAGAGACAACCAGGUAUACACUGAAUGAAAAAAUCCGCCAACUCAACUCCGCUAUUGACAAUGUGGCAUCCCGUUUGAGAGGCGGCAAUAAAUGGCCUCCGGUGCCAGUUGACCCUGAUGCUGAAGAAGCUGUUGUGUAAUAAUGGUUGGCUCAAUUGGUUUGUCCUUCCACCUUUUACAAGUUAGUUUGGUGUUGAACACGUCACUACAUCUAUUUUAUUUGUAACUUGUAAUGCUUUUGGAAAAACCUGAACUUUUUUUUUAUGGUCAUUUGAUUGCUUAGAGAAUCUUCUUUAUGACAUGAAACUUUGAUGGACUUAAUUUUUAUUGGAUGAUCCGUGUGGGGUUUAUUUUUAUUCUCUAUAUGUACGUGGUGUGAGAUACGACUUAUUGAUUCUGGUGAUUCAUGGUUUGGAUUUUCCAAGUCCAGGAUUCUGGUAAUGUUUUUUUGCAGAAAAUUUUAUCAGUAAAAUCAUUUAUUGAGAACNAAAAAAAA